GAAAGUGUACGCAAUCCGAUUUCGGUGGAAAGAGAGAUCGGUCUCGGUCUCGACAGCAGCGAGCGCGGGAUCCUGGUGGCGUACAGUAGCAAACUCUGGUCCAUGACUCCAUUUCCAGUACGCACCUGCAACCGCAAGACACUCCCGGCGUAAAAUAGCAAGCCCCGAUCCAUCUCUAUCUCUGAGCAUCAGCAGAAGAAGAACCUAGAAACCGCGUUAGCAGAGGAGGAGCAUUUUGGGAAUGGGGAUUUUCAGAGGCUGGCGUCUGUUAUUCUUAUCUCUUCCUCUCCUUGUCUUCGUUCCCCUUCUUUUCUCAGUCUCAGAAUUACACCGGAAGCCCAAUCUAGAGCAAGAUCUAAGCAAAAAUCAUGCCAAGAAAUUCGAUCAUCUCGUGCUGGGCCCCGCUGCUGGCCAAGGCCUGCCCAAUCGCCUCCAAUGUCAAGGCCUUAAAGCUCUGAAUAAGACGCAUUCUUUGCCCUCAUCUCGUAUGCUUAGUUCUAGUGACAACAUUUCUUUUGUCACUGUCUUUGCAGUCUACAACAGUUCUCAGAUUGCAUGCAGGGAUGACAAACUAUGUAAUACAGUGAUUGUUGGGAACGCUUCAUAUAAUAAAGUGGAGAGGUCAAUGGCUAUUCUUGAUACUUUCAUUAACUUCAUCCAGGUGUCAGUGCCCAAAAGCAAUGUAGUCAUUCUGAGUGAUCCUGCUUCUGAGCUUCCAAUACACAGAAAUAAUGUCCAUUUAUUACACAUUCAUGGCGACUAUUCGCGAGAGAAGCUGAUGCUUCAAAGAAUCAAGUCUUACAUUGCCUUUUUAGAAACACGGUAUGAGGAGUAUAUUCAGAGGAAGAACCACCUUGAUAAUUACAUUUUCACUGAUUCAGAUGUGGCAGUGGUUGAUGAUCUUGGAGAUGUGUUCAAGAAAUAUCCAGAUUUCCAUCUGGCUCUUACCUUCCGCAACAAUAAAGAUCAACCUCUGAAUUCUGGAUUUAUUGCAGUGAGGGGCACACCUGAUGGAAUUCUUAAGGCGAAGAUCUUUCUGCAACAAGUGCUGGAGGUGUACAAUUCCAAAUAUAUGAAAGCGUCCCGCAUGCUUGGAGAUCAGUUAGCACUUGCAUGGGUGGUAAAAUCUCAUCCUUCAUUUGAUGUGAAAAGAUUUACUAGACCAGAAGCCUUUUUGGAUGAAAUCCAUGGAGCAUCGGUUCUGUUCUUACCUUGUGCUGUCUACAAUUGGACACCACCAGAGGGUGCAGGGCAGUUUCAUGGCAUGCCCUUGGAUGUUAAGGUUGUUCAUUUCAAGGGAUCAAGGAAACGGCUAAUGCUCGAAUCUUGGAACUUUUACACUUCGUAUGCAGCUUCUGACUAUUCUGACAUGCUCUGCCUUAUAUUAAGGAGUGGCAGAACAAAAUACGAUUUCUAGAUACCUUCCUUUUCUCUCUUGAAAGCUUCUACUUCAACAGGCUGAUUUCAAUACUCAAACCACCUUCUCCACCAAGCCUGCUUCAUCAUCUCAAAUACAAAUGCAUGGAACCAACUUUCCACUCGGUGGUAUGAUGCUCAGUCUGGGGACGUGCAGUGUUACACACAUGGAGUUGGACAGAGGCAUGGGAAUCUGAACCGUGGUUAUAAUGGGAUCUGCUAUGGGUGGACUAUUCUCAAGAGUCUCUCAAAAGGGUCGGUCCUAAUCCAACCGAAAAGACGGCAACUUUUGGAUGAUUUGUAAGGUGGGCAAUGUUGAAAGACUUGUCUGUCUACUACUGAACUUUGGAUGGUUUGGGAUCAUUCAUUUGCGGCAUCGUCUGUCACUGGCAGGACCCACUUGAUCACUAACUUGAUCACCAAAACCAUGGGCCCCACAGCCACAAACUCAAAGACUGAUUCUCGAGCUCAGACUGUAAUUCCUCUUCAAGUAACAUGUACCAGUUUAUGUCAGAUGAUUUUGUAUUGGAGGUAUUGAAGGGUGCUCCACUUAAAGAUUAUGGUGGACUUGGUGGAUUCUCUUAA